AUGACGAGUGGAGCAGUUGAUGUAUACGGCAAUCCAGUCGAAGCCCCGGCGCUUGAACAAACUCCUGAUAAUAUGGAGCCAGUUGAAACCCAACCAUCCUCAAAGAAAUGGAGAAUUAUUAAUUACAUUGGAAUGUUGCUUAUUGGUUUAAUUAACAAUCUUCCAUACUGGGUUGCUUAUGCUAAUGCCCAGGCUGUCUGUACUCAUUUUAAUAAAGACGGCUACAUCGGUGCUGUAUCUUGGGGAAUUGUUAUUUUAUCAAUCUUUGCUACAAUUGGCAAUGCUUUUCUCACAAGUAAAAACGUUUCUUACAACAUUAGAUCAAUAAUUAACGGUGCAUUUAUGUUUGUUGGUCUUAUUGGUACAGCAGUUUCGCCAAACAUCUUCGUAGCUAUUCUUUUCAUAUCAUUUGUCGGUGUUUCAUCCGACUUUGGCGAGGGUGUUAUGCUUGGAUAUUUUGCAUCACUUGAUAACGAUGCCUUACUUGGCGCAUGGGGUAUUGGAACUGGCCUUUCUGGUGUUUGUGGAGCUGGUUAUUCCCUUAUCUGUCAAAAAUUCAAAGUUUUCUACUUUUUAUCCUUCAUUUGCAUGGCUCCAGCAGGAAUUUUAUAUCCUCUUAUCUUCUACUUCAUGCUCAGAAAUCCAAACGUCGAUACUUCAAAGCCAAAAGAAGAAGAACAAGAAAAACUUGAAGAUAUCGAGAAAAUUGAAAGAGACGACGAAGAUGAAAACAGCGAAGACAAAGUACCUUUCUGCUCAUGCUCAAACUGGUACAAGUCUCUUCGUUUUAUAUUGAACAAUCUCGCAAUGUUCUGCUUCCAAUAUGUUUCUCUCAUUUGUCUUACAGACUGCUCAAUGACGAAGCAGCAGAGAAUUGAUGAACCAUUCAUUUUCGGCUACUUCUCCCUUGGCUAUCAAUGUGGUGGUCUUAUUGGCCGCUCAAUCAAGAAAUGGUUCCUAAUUAAGAAAUUAGAAAUAACAACUGCAAUUACCGGUGUUCUUUUUGUCAUCAUGCUCGUCAAUUCCAUUGUAGUAUUCAUUGCGCCAAUAUACAUGCUCAUUCCAUUGUUCCUAAUCGGAUUCUUCGGCGCAAUCAGUUACAUGUCAGUAUUUGCCGUCAUCAUGGAAGUCCCGAAUACAACUCAAAAGGAGCGCGAAAUCAUUACAAACUAUGCUUCUGUUUUUAUCGGAGGCUCAAUUCAAGUUUCGUCGCUGAUUACUUUGCUAUUACAAAAUGUAAUCAUCAAGAAGCAAUGUAAUAGACAGUAA